AUGGCGCCUGCGGUGACAGACUUCACCCAGGCAAUCGUUGAACCUUCGACAACCUUCUUGACUACUUUCACUCUGCUUGUCGAUGACCCGAAGCCUACGUCUGACUAUGUCACUUUGACUUUAACCAGCCCGUCGACUACAGUAGUAGAGGUGAACAUCGCAGCGACUCCGACGCUCGUCCUAGAUCCUGCUCAGCCUAAAAGCCAUGGAUUAUCCGGUGCUGCAAAAGGCGCUAUCGCCGGAUCUAUCCUGGGGGUGGCUGUCAUAGCUCUACUACUCUACUGCUGUUGCAGAAGAGGAUCUCUGGAUCCGGAGGAGUCUCUUCCUUCAUCACCAUCCCGAUCACCUCGCCAGUCUCCAGGACAGCGGCCAUUUCCUAUCCUCAAACGACCUGAGACUGUUCAAAUCAAGCCCGGUCCUCCCCCGGACAAUCCGCCUGAGGCCUUGAUAUCAGUCAAACCAAACCCGCCGCCACCGCCGCCGCCUCCUCCUCCUAUGAGCGGCACUACAAUAAAAGCUGGGAGCCGAGGAGAAACACCAGAAGCACGUGAAGCGAGGAUCAAGGAGAUGAAGCGCAGAAAGGCACUCCCUCCAGAGCCAAUCAUCAAUGAUUCCCUGGACCGCGACUCCGGGUGGUGGUGGGGGGUGGUAAGCGGCGGUUGA